GAGCGAAGUCGAGAUAAAUAGUUCACUGUUAUGUUGCCGCAGCAAACGGAUUUGCGGGAACAAAGUAAGAGUCGAUAUCAAACAUCAACAGCGGAACAUCACAAAGCAUCUUCAGUUAGCCCUCUGAAGUCAUUACAGCAUAAACAGAAGCCACCUCCUUCUGGCUUGUUUACUUACAAUAUUUUAAGUUUAGUGGACGAAGUUGAGAAGGUAUGGGAACCCCGUUAUGAUGAGCUUAAAAAAAUUAUUGAGCAAAGUAAUGAUGACGAUGCCAAAAAAAGUUUGGUUUCCAGGGUGACCAAAGACAAAAACUCUAUAGUUGAUGUUAUUUUAGCGCUGCUUUAUGGCAUUUUAGUAAAGCCUGAGUUUAGCCAGAAGUGCUACUCGCUACUUUCCAUGGUCUCGGUCAGCGUAUAUGCGUACAAGACUGCUUGUACCGAAUUGCACCACGUCGUUUUGCAUCGUUACCCAGAAUUGUCGCAGACGGCUCGACAGCAGUUAUUAUGGCUUCUAGGAAACUUUCUUAAAGACGGCAUCUUGGAGGCGAUGCCCCUUUUUCGAUCCCUUUUACGUUGGACUAGUGGAGGGAACACCUCUCAGGAAAAAGUUUGGCUCUGUGCCACUCUAGUAACUAUUCUUCAAGAAAACAAAUCUAAGCUACCAAAAGCGCCUUCUUUGCUCAGCCACAUUAUUUACAACUUCCUUCGGUCUUUAAGUGAAUGUCUGUCUUCUGAAUAUACUGAACUUCAGGCUAUUGAAGCAGAUUUCUUAUCUCAGUUAAUUCGAGAAAACUUUGAGCACUGCUUAAGUAUUGGAAGAGAUUUUGUGCGAGUUUUUCUCGACGUACUGAGGGCGCCGCAACUGACCGCUCUUUGGAAUCUCAUGAUAACGAAUCCGAGCUCUCUGCAUCCGUCCUUCACUGGCGUCGAGCAGCUGUUCCACGCUAGAACGAGCUCCUCUUACUUUCUCAGCAGAGUAACUCCGCGCAUGGAGCAUUAUGUGCGGUUUCUCCUCGAAAAGGUGAAGCUCGGAAAGGACGAUCGUUACUACGAGUGGAUAGCGGACAAGUAUCUGCGCUCGAGCUUCGAAGCCAGCGAGGCUCUUGUCUGCGAUCUCAUCCGCUAUAUAGUGUGUUGUCUUCAUCCCUCCAAUGAGCAGUUGAACUCUUCCAAUGUCCCCCGCUGGAAAAUCAUCAGCAAGUUUUUAUUUUUCGUGAAGACGAAAACUGGAAUGCGCAAUGCUAAGCUCUCCUUGUACUACGACUGGCUCUUUUACAGUAAACCUGAAGAGAUUAUGCUGAUUGAGCCCGGCGCCCUCCUCAUUCAGAAUAUUCUUCAAGUGAGCCCUAAAAUAAGUGUCAACUUAUUAGAAUUCUUGCCGACUAUCGCUACUGAGUUUUAUCCUCCACUGCACGGCGCGUUUUCAAAGGCCAUUUCCGCAGCUUUUCAACUCUGCUACGCAAAGGGAAUUCUCAGCAACAAAAAACUUCUGGAGGAUCGCCACUUUCUGGGCCAAAAGCUUUUUGAGCGUUUCCAAGAAAUCUUCCCUGAUUUAUACUCGACGAAUGCGGAGCCCGUCAAGACAGCAUCGACACCGGGAAAAAGACCUUCAAGUUCCGAACACGAGAAGGAUGUGAAGCGCUUUUCCAGCCAGCAACCUGAGAAACAUAUACAAGUAGGGACGACCGUGCAGGAAACUUGCGAGAGUCAACUUUUUGAUAAGAGUCGAACUGAUGCCAAAAAGGAGAAAAGCUCAUCAUCCGCCACAGUGCCUUCUAACGGCGUGAGUAUGCUCAUAGAAGAGAGUAGGCUGCUUAUUGCCAGUCACGAAAGUGCGCUGCCGUGCGUUGAGAGGCUCCUGACGGCUGUUUUAAAUAUUGAAGAUCUAAAGCGGGAGGACACGCUCUCUGUGGCCGGAUUUUUGGCCCAUGUCAAUGAGGAGGAGCCUCAAAGCUUGUGGAGCACACCCUCCGCUGAGCAAAGAGCUCAUGAAGAAGCUUCUCUCGAACUGAAUACCAGCGCUCUUGCCACAUACGAUCCGCUCUUUCAUAUUCUCUUAUUGAAAGUGAUGCGUAUGAACCCUCGAGAUAUGAAGGACGCGCAGGAGAAGAGUCACUACGCUGAAGGACUGCGCGUUGGCGCUGGCGUGCUGCACUCAUUGUCCCUGCGCCAUUCCCAUAUAGACACUUGUCUUCUGCACUUUCUUUAUAAAAAUGAGCUGUCCGUCGAAGUCUACAAACUCUUUGCUGAGGCUCAAGGUCUCAGUCUAGAGGAUUCACUAUGGGGGGCCGUGGAAGCGUGCGGAGAAUACCAACGGCAGUUUGACUUGCUCCUUUACGUCUUUGAGCGAGUCGAGUCGGUGCAAGGCUCGGUCAGGCUGCUUCAACUUCUGCUCUGCUGCAUGGAUAGCUCUAAACUGUACGACGUCCAAACUCGCAUAACUUUCGGGACGCUUUCUCUUUUCAAUGAGCAAACUCUGCCCGUUCUACUCGCAUGCUCCCUGGAUUGGGAAAUGAUGGAAGUCCAUAAUCUGUGGCCGCUGCUCAUUGCCGAGGCCUACAGAAACAGCUGCGUCGUUAGUGCCGUAUCCGCGCGUUUGGUUGAGUUUAGCCCUGAAGACAACAAAAGCUUUUUUUCUGGGGCGCUUCUACUCUUUGCUUCACAGGAGCCGACCGUGCGAGAGGUCAAAUACUUGUUGGGACUGCCGCCUGAUCACAAAAAAUUCGUGUUGUCGGUCUUGCUAAACUGGUUGGCCAAUCAUCGAUGCUCUCUAGAAUCCAUACUGGCACAAGUUGCCAGCGAAAAAGGCCAAAACACACUUGAAACGCUUUCGGAAUUAGCAGCGCUCUCCGCAGGCAACGGGCCUUCGACUAUAUAAGUAUCCUGGCCGAGUAGAAGAAAGGCUCAACUCUACUUCAGCAAUGAAAAGCAACUCACCAAAUAUAUGACAAUAGAAGGCGGGCAAUAAAGCUAAGUUUAUUUACUGCUACCCUGUAAUGGAUGUGCAGAUGCCCGGGAAGUAGUUUUGUUCCGGCAAUAAUCCUUGCAAGGCGCAUUUAGCAAUAUCAAUAAAUGAUAAAUGUGUAGUUCAA